GAUUUCCCGCACAGAGUAAGAAAAUGGCGACAAUUUGUUGGGGAAACACUUCCGCUUCGUCUUUGGAGACUUUGGAUGAUGUACAAUUAGAAUAGUUGUGAUAGACCCAGUUGUGUGUUGUUUUUUCCUUUUGCCUCACAAUGUCGGGGCCUAUGUCGGAGAGGAAGUUUGCUGAGGGGUUGCAAAGGAAAGGCAACGCCGCCAAAAUAAGAGAGACUGUUUCCCAAGCUCUGAGAGAAAGUGCUAUUCAGUCCCGGCCAAAGCUUGUGGAGCCUGUGGACUAUGAGACGUUUGUGGUCAAGAACAAGGUGCUGCUGCACAAUGACCCUCAGCUGGAGAUGCUUAACUUCCCACACGACGAUGUGCUGGUGCCGCCCCCCGCCCCUCCUCGGAGAAUGAGGACGUCUGUCUCGACUGUCCCUGCCAGCACCGACCAGGAAGUGUCCAGCUUGAUGGUCAAGGAAUGUCUGAAGACUUACACCAGUCCCCUGCAGACGGUCAAGUUCAAAUACCAGCCUUAUGCUGGGAGCUAUCAGCAGCUGCCAAAUGUUUCCAAGAAGGAACCUUUACAAGAGCAUAUCUUUGAAAUUGAUGCUGAGGUGGAAGAGAAAGAUGAUGACACACUGAGCCGUGGCUUUGUGUCCACCAUCACCAAACGUGGUUGGCUGUUCAAGGGGCCGGACAGUGGCAAGGACAACAUCAUCAGCUUCACACGGCAAUUCAAGCGUCGGUUCUUCUUCCUGAAGCAACAGUCGGACUACUCCUACAUCCUGGAGAUGUUUAAAGACGACAAAAAGUCUGACUGUAAAGGAGCUAUCUUUAUGGACUUAGCCCAGGAGGUGGUCAAGAACCCAAAGAAGGGCAAACAUUGCUUUGAGGUUCGCAUGACAGACAGGCCACCAUGUCUCCUGGCUGCGGAGAAUGAGUCAGAGGCCAAUGAUUGGAUCCUCACUCUGAACAAAGUUAUCAACGCUGCUGACACAGCCUCACAGGCAUCCAGGGACAGUAUUAGAGAGGAGAAUGCUUCAUCAGGGACCCCAGAGAACUACAAAGAAAGCAGCAUCAACCAUCCUGUAGUAAAGUACUGCAGGGAAACCGAUUCCUCUCUAGCCAAGGCCAGGCAGGAAGCAAGACAGAAUUUGUUCUCAAUAUACCCAGAUAUGAGAAGAUCUGCGUUUGAUGAGGAUGCAGAGGAGGAAGAGGAGCCUGAGAUUGAGGUGUUCCCACGGCCAUAUGCACAACGUUUCUUGCUUCAGUUGAAGGAGCUACGCUUUGGCCUUCAGUUCAAUCUGGCUGACGAAGGCAAAGAAAACAAGAAAUGCAACCCAGAGCCGUUCUUCCUGACUUUUGCCAUCUACGAUGCAAGGGAAGGGAAGAAAAUCUCGGAGGAUUUCAGCAUGGAUCCCAACGACCCCGAAGUGAGGUCUAUGAUUCCGGCGGACCUCCUCUCUGCCUCGGACAGACUGCACAGUGUGAGCGGUCAGGAGAACUCCAUGCCGGACCUGGCCAACCUGAGUGAGGGGUGGCUGUCGCAGUCUGCCAGACAGGGGAUAUUUUCCAUCGCUCGACCUCUCCAAGAUGUGUAUCUAGUCGCUCGCAUUGAAAAAGUCCUUCAAGGAGGUAUCACUCAGUGUGUGGAACCGUACGUCAAGGGAGGUGAUUCCAAGAUGGCGCUGAAGGUUCACCGGCAGAUGAAACAGUUUUGCAGUCACAUUGGCCACUACCGCAUGCCUUUUGCCUGGUCUGCCAGGCCACUGCCCAGCACAUCUUAUGGGACUCUGGAUCUGCCAAUCUACAAACAGGAGGGUUCCAAGUUCUCUGAAGAGGAAAUGGUCAAAGUAUUGCAAGAUUUUAGAAAGCCAGACAAGGGCUCCAAGCUACAGGUCAUCCCUGGCUCUCUGAAGAUCUCCUUUGACCUAAUAAGUGCUGACAGUGAGCCCAUAAAGAACACAUUGACGUCAUCUCUGGUGCCCGUCAAACCGUUUUCGGAGCCAGCGGCCGGCAGCGUUCCGGUUGUUGAGGUGGAGGAGUUUGUCCCAGACGUGGCCUCCCUGAGCAGCUGCUUCGACAGUUACAAGAACAACCUUUACGUGAGGCCGGUGUCCCUGAAGUAUGACAGUCAGAAAGCGUUUGCCAAGGCCAGGAACAUUGCAUGCUGUAUUGAGUUGCGAGACUCUGACGAGGAAGGAGCCAUGCCCCUCAAGAGAAUCUACAGCAAGCCUGGACUGUCACCGUUCACUAGUGUCGCCAGCACCACAGUGCUACACCACGCCCAGACACCAGACUUCAUGGAGGAGGGUUGUCACAGGUGAGCGUGUGAUUCCUGUGGCCAGCUCAAUCCCCUUGAUGUACCUCAACUACGACACUUUGUCCUCCAGCAAGUCUGCUGGCUCAGAAGUGAAAUGGGUGGACGGAGGAAAACCGCUCUUCCGACUUCGGCUCCAUCUGGUCUCCACUGUUUAUACCCAGGAUCAGCAUUUGCACAACUUUUUUGUCCAUUGCCAACGAGUGGAGUCUGGUGGUGGCCUGGCCAUAGACAUGAACAACGUGAACAAGAUCAAGCUGGAGAACGGAGGCGGAGGUUGUAGUCCCCCAGGGGACGGGCUGCUGACCCCGCCCAACGACUUACAGUCCUUGCUUAAUGGGGUUAAGUCCCUGCUGGCAGUAGAGGUGGCUACAUACGUUCAGUUCCUGCCCACUUUGCUCAACCAGCUGUUCCAACUGUGUGCUCGGACAGUCAGUGAGGAUGUGGCAGUCAACUCUGUCAGAGUGCUCAUCCACAUGGUGUCCCUAGUCCAUGACGAGGGGAAAUGCGACUAUCUGGAAAAGUAUGUCAAGUACAUGUUCCGACCAGACCCAGCUGUCAAGACGAGCAAGUCCCAGCGUACGGUUCAUGAGGAGCUCUCCAAACACCUGACCUCCCUCCUCCGGCCAGCCAAUGCUGACCCCUUGGUGGUGACCCGGUUUCUCAAGCACGCUUGGUUUUUCUUUGAGGUCCUGCUGAAGAGCAUGACGUUGUAUCUCAUUGACACAGACAGGAUCAAGAUGCCUCGUAAUGAGUGCUUCUCCCCCGAGUGCCAGUACCGGCUGCAGAACUUGCUGCACAUGGUCACCCUACAUGUGAUACAGAAGAACAAGGAGAGGAAGGAAGAGACCAAGAAUGCCAACAACAGUUUGGCACACUUUGUCAAGAAAUGUUUCACCCUUAUGGACAGAGGCUAUGUGUUUCGACUGGUGUCAAAGUACAUAGAGAACUUCAACCCAGGAGACAGCAAGGCUUUGCAUGACUUCAAGUUCGAGUUCCUUCGCAUUGUGUGUAGCCACGAACACUUCAUUCCCCUUUCUCUGCCCCUGAUGCGUCGUGGCAUGGUGAAGAACUUUAAAGAGAUCAAACUGGAAGACCUGAAGCAUGACUACUGCCUGUCUGACGAGUACCGCAAGCUCCACUACCUGGUGGGGCUGCUGCUGUUUGAGCUGCGGCAGGCCAUGACGGAACAGCGGGCCAUCCGGCGCAGCGCCAUCACAGUGCUGCGCAACCAGAUGGCCAAACACUCGUUUGACGACAGAUACGCAUCUAGGACCCAGCAAGGCCGUAUUGCAGCCUUGUACCUGCCACUGAUUGGUCUGCUCCUUGACAGCAAGAACCAGCUUCUGCAAAUAGGCCCCUCCCCCAAAGCCAUGAACACACCCACUCCAACGCAGAAUGGCGAUGUCAACUAUAGAUCCGACGUGACCAAGUCCACCAUCAGCUUGUCCAAGGGUCAGAGUUCACCGGCUGUGGGAGGCACCCCGGAGCUGAAGAAGAAAGAUUCCUCGGUGUUUGCCAUGAUCUCCGGAGCUGUGGCUGUCCCUCACAACCCGAAUGAGUUGACGGUGGCAGCGUUCUCCGCGUCAGGGCAGAAGGGAAGUAACACAUCCCUGGCCAGCGACUCAUCCUCCGACAAGGAGGCGGGGAAGAAGGACGGCAAGAUUAUCACUAGAAUGCCGUCCGGUGCCUCUUCGACACCAGCCUACGUGAGUCGCCUGGACAAACUGGACACCACCGAGAUCCGUGACCUCCUCCUAUGCUUCCUCUACAUUCUCAAGCAUCUUCCAGAAGAUAUAUUGCUGGGCUGGUUUAACAACUCCUCUGAGAAUGACAUCAUCGACUUCUUCACUGUGUUAGAACUUGCCCUGAAACAUUUCCAGUACCAAGGUCGCAAGAAAAUCGUCACCCUGAGUGUGAUCGGUAGUCACAAGUCGUCCACCAUGCCCACCCCACUUCAGAACCAGCGCGGCCGCCCGGCCAGUCUGUCUUCCCAGCGCGCUCCGAGUCAGUACGGAGAUCUCAUGGCAGAGGGCAUACACACUCCACACACGUCAGAUGCAGACGCGAUGAUCCGGGCCCUUCAGGAGGCCAACAUCUCCACAGAGGUGGGCCUGGUAGUGCUGGACAUCCUCAGCCUCUUCUGCACAACCUUCAAGAAAGACCUUGAGGCCCGAGGCGGGGACAACAACAUGAUGCACACUGUAUUCCGGAUCUACUUGAGUUUCCUGCGGUCCAGCCAGUCAGAGACUCUGCAGAAACAUGUGUUCGGGGCCUGGAGGGCGUUCAUCAAGAAGUUCCAAGCGGUGUUGUUUAAAGGCAGUGCAGAUAUGUGCGGAGAGCUGUGCUAUGAGAUUCUUCGUUGCUGCAACUCCAAGCUCAACUCCACUCGGCGUGAGGCAUGUGCUUUACUCUACCUUCUCAUGAGGUCCAACUUUGAGUUUUCCAAUCGCAAAAGUUUUACAAGAGUGCAUCUGCAGGUGAUCAUCUCUGUGUCUCAGCUGAUUGGCGUGGUGGUAGGGCUGAGCACCACUCGCUUCCAGGAAAGUCUGGCCAUCGUCAACAACUAUGCCAGCAGCGACAAGAGUAUACAGCGCUGCAUAAAAUUCCCAGGCACCCAGAAAACGCCAUUCCCUGGUGAGGUCCGUGACCUGACCAAGCGUAUCCGCACAGUUCUGAUGGCCACGGCCCAGAUGAAGGAGAACGAGAACGACCCUGAGCUCCUGGUGGACCUACAGUACAGCCUGGCUAAGUCCUACGCCAGCACUCCAGAGCUCAGGAAAACCUGGCUAGAUGCGAUGGCGAAACUGCAUAUACGAUACGGGGACUUCUCUGAGGCUGGUCACUGUUACAUUCACAUAGCUGCCUUGAUAGCAGAGUACCUGAAACGUCGAGUCAACACACGAGCCCUUGGAGGCUUACUAGGGUCGUACCCACAGGGCUGUUCCUCCUUUGGUUUCAUCUCCCCGAACAUUGUGGUGGAGGAGGCCGGCAUCAAGGACGACAGUGGCAUGCAGGACGUGCAGUACACAGAGGAAACUCUUGUAGACUUCCUGGAGAAAGGUGCAGAGUGCCUGGAGAAAGCUCAGCGUUAUGAGGUGCUGGGUGAUAUCUAUAAGCUGGUCAUUCCCAUCUACGAGAAGCUGCGGGACUUCCAGAAACUGGAGAAGAGCUACCAGUACCUGUCCACAGCAUAUGGCAGUGUCAUCGACGUAAUGCGGUCGGGCAAGAGGCUGCUGGGAAAAUACUACAUGGUGGCUCUCUACGGUCAGACCUAUUUUGAGGAUGAGAAGGAAUACAUCUACAAAGAGCCAAAGGUCACGACCUUGACAGAGAUACGUGAACGAUUGUACAAAAUAUUCUGUGAGAAGUAUGGGAGGGAAAAUGUGCAAAUGAUCAACGACUCCAAAAAGAUGGCCCCGAGUGAGCUUGACCCCAAGUUUGCGUACAUCCAGGUUGUGUAUGUGACCCCGUACUUCGACGAUAAGGAGCUGGCGACGCGCGUGACAGACUUCGAGCGUAACAACAAUGUCCGACGCUUCAUGUACGAGCUGCCGUUCACUCGCUCAGGCAAGGAACACGGGAGUAUAGAGGAGCAGCACAAGAGACGCUUCAUCAUAACUACGACUCACUCCUUCCCCUACGUCAAGAAAAGAAUUGAGGUGCAAGAGGGAGGACGCAAGGAAAUAGUGUUGACCCCUAUAGAAGUGGCCAUCGAUGAGAUGCAGGUCAAGGUCAGUGACCUCCGAGAGGUCAUCAACAACCCAGUUCCCGACAUGAAGCGGCUGCAGCUCAAGUUGCAGGGAGGAGUCAGUGCACAGGUAAACGCAGGGCCCCUGGCAUAUGCUGAAGCUUUUCUGAACCCAGAGAAGAUUUCUAAGUACCCCAUUGAUCAGAGCGAUCGCCUGAAGGCUGUGUUCAGAGAGUUUGUGACUACUUGUAAGGACGCCCUGGAUCUGAACGCUAAGCUGAUCACCACGGAGCAGAAGGAGUACCACGAGUCACUCAAGCAAGGCUUCAUGGAGAUUGCCGAGAGACUCUCCAUCUUACUGGGAGAAAAAGUAGUGCUUUUGGAUUUGAAGACGAAUCGACAAGAUAGUGCCGCUUGAUUGGCUGCACUCACAACAGCGGCAGUCGAUGACCUUCAUUGGUGCCACCACCUCGACUUCCAGCACCGCGUGAGGAGAGGACGAUGAAACGAACAUUGCAUUGUGGGAUGCUGAAAGAUCGUUGAUGCUGUUUUGUCAGCCGGUUAUCUGGAUUUUGAUCACAUGGAGAUUCACCCUGCUUCUUGUUUUUUGGGUUGAUUUUUUUAACGAGUCCCAGAGGUAGACUGCCCAACUGAUGUUAAAUCCCAUUAAAGCACUUUUGAAAAGAUGAUGUAAAUCAAUGACGGUUGUUUGGAAAGAUUAGUGAUGGAUAUUGUCUUUGAGAUGCUGUUUUUGGCGGUACAUGUCAACGAGUUAUCAAGAUGACAGAGGGCUGAUGUUGGUUGCUAUGGUGAUGUGGAUUUAUAAUACAACAGUCUUCAUCCUUGCCCCACCCAAGUCCCUGAAUGUCAAUGUCUACAGAUGUAGACGUCCUCCUGCCUUUGUCCUGCUACUUCUAUGGUGCUUGGAAACAGAUUUUUUUUAAUGUGACUUAUCCAUGGUUGUUCUGCUGAUUGUGGAAAAUGUAUUUAAGUGUGCUAAAUCUUUGUUAAAUGGAAGAAACUGAGCUGUUCUGCUUGUGAACGUUUGUGUUGUGGUCUCUGGUGGAUUGUGAAUAUUUGUACAGAGAAGAAAAUGUGCUGUUAGGAUGUAAAACCCUUUUGCCUGUAGUGACAUUGUAUAGCCUAUAUUUGCACAGGUUCACUUUUAGUUUAGAUUUUUGCGUACUUACACACUCCUGAACUUGUUCCCUUGUGUUCACACAUACACAUAUACAUCUAUGCUGUUGUGCAAACAAAUACACAUACUCAUGAACAUACAUGUGCUCUGGAAAUUCUUUGGAACACAUAACAUGUAUGCACAAGUUUAUAUAAGGGUCUGUGCUUUGUGAGUGUGUGUGUGUGUGCGUGUGUGUAUGUACUUGCAUGAGAUCGUGUUUGAUCAGUUAGGCUGUUCAUUAUUAAUUCUGUUCUCUCUUUCAAAUUAAAUGUUUUCUCUUGAACCGUUUGGUUUUGAUAUAUAUUAUAUAGUGUAUAAAUAACACAUAAAACCACAGCUGAAAAUCAUCCUGUUAUUCCCCAUUUAAAAACAGUUUUGAUGUUAUCCUAAGCUUUUUAUGUUUGAUUAAACUAACCUGAAAUGUGGAGUGUAAUCUGUUAUAUAUGCAAUGUUGAUCUGGUGCCUAUUCAUUUCCUCGCAUGCCACGUUACUCCAGAGCUUCAUAUCCAGUAUAAGCUGGAGAUUGUAAUAUAAGGUCAUAAUAAUAUCCUCAUUUGUUAUUGGUUUAGAAAAUAGUGACUAGUGACUGACUCUAAAUAGUAUUCCCUAUGUCUGAUGUAGGCACCCUCACAUUCUACUGUCCGUUAUUUACUCAACAUAAUAGGAUUAGAGCAGGGGUAUGCAACAGGUGUCCCAUAUGCCACAUAACCCAGCCCACCAGUCCUGUCAGUGUGACCCUUGCUAGACAUUUUCAUAUUUAUAACUCAAUAUACUAUUUGUAUUGGGGGGUUUUAAUUACACUUGUUUAAAGAUGACUACCCCUUUUGUUGUUCCCGUGUUUGAAUGUGGCCCGCCAAUGACAAACGUUGCACACCUCUGGAGCAGAUCAAUGAAAAAUAACGGAAGCCCAUCGCCUACACCUCCAAGUUGUGUUUCUAGAUCAUUUACUUUGUUUGUGUGGCUUGUUUUGUUGCUGUUGUUACUGGAACAGAGUAGUUGAUUAGUAUUUCUUUGUUUUCUUUUUGUUUUAAAAUCUUAUUUUGAUUUUUUUUCCUUUUUAAAAAAAUCUUUUGAAAUAAGGGUCAGAAACCAAGUGAUGUACUGUCUUCUGUUUCGCUGAAAUAUAACUUAGGAUCGCCUUUCAGUGAACUGACUGCCCUUACCCCCUUCUUCGUCUUUCCCUUCCCUCCCAUGAAGAGUCCUUUGAGGUUAUAAGUUCAUUAGAUGUUGGAUAAUCUGACUGCGUACAUCAGUCUGGAGUCUACUCAAUGAACAAAAACUUACCUGUUAUAUUCUGUUGUGUUGGCAUUCUAUUUUGAUUCCGUGAGGUGUUAACAAGUGCUAUGGUAUGGUAUAGUUUGCUCCUCCUUUCUUAUAUUCACCUUCCUAGUUAAUAUGACCUAUUUGUGUUGAAGUGACGUAAAACUUUUUCUAAAACUAAAAACCUAAAACUGUUUUGUUUCCUCUGUGGGCUAAACUUUGCUGAUCUCUUGGCAGCAUUCCAACAAAAAGAUUUGUUCAGUAUUUUCUUUUGUCACUGUCUUUGUCUCUUUGAUGUAAUUAAAAUUUUGAUAAUUGAGUUAGACUUCUGUUGCUGCAUUAUUUUCUCUUUUUCUGUGAUAUAGAUAGCACAAUUUUGAUUUUAAUGGUUUGAAUAAAUUUGUUUGUGUAGAUUUUAAUAUAAAGCAUAGAACAAAUAACAGUCGAAAUUGUCCUAGACAGCGACCCAUAGUCAAGGAGACCAGUGGUUAUCUUUAAUGGGUGGAUGUCUUGGACGUUGUCAAUAUAAUAUAAAAGCAAUGUAAUUUGGGGGAAUAUGAGAAGCGGUUCUUUCUACUGGUGAUUGUCUUGGACAGGUGGCCGUUAAAGCAGGUUUGACUGUUUGUAUAAACCAAAUAUUAAUAUAUGACAAACACCUCUCAUCUUGCCUUCAGAUUUUUUUUUUAUUUGCCACUUUUGUCACUCAUUAAAAAUGUACUUUUGUUCAUUUUUUUAAAAAUUGUACAUAUAAUGUAGCUUAUUAUUACCUUUAUUACUUUUAUAGUCCAACCUGGAUAAGCUAGGGAAAAUAUAUUCUUUCCUCUAUGGAAAUUGAGUCCUGAUUGGUCUGAAAAGUGACAGAGGAAGUAUUUGCAGUGUACAUUUUUGCAUGUUAUGUUUCUUGCCAACGGUCUGUUUCCGAAUUUUAAGGAACUUGCAUGUGUGUGGGCAUGUGUGCAAGUCAGUCUUUUUCCCUUGUGUGAUUGUAUGUACAAAUGUACAUAAUACUCUCUCCUGCAUGUGUUAAUGAAGAGCAUAACAUUUUUAUGACUGUUUCUGUUCAUCAGAUGAGUUUUGAGUGAUGUAUUACUAUUUUGAUUGCUUUUGUUUUUCAAGUGUGCAUUGAAUGCUUGGCUCUUGUGUUAUUACAUUUGUUUGUGGAAUGUGUGGUCGAAAACAUGGCUCUGCUAUGAUUGCUUUUACUUGUGACUUUGGUCGUGUGAACAUUUUGUACUUAAUCUCUGGCACAGCAUUGUUGCACAGUCAGUGUAUCACCAUCGUUUCUUGUGCCAUUUAAGUGAACAGUCAGGUUUGCAUGACAAUGAUGGUCGUGUGCGAAAGGGCGGGUGGUUGGAAAAUGCCCAUCAAGUCAUAGCAAUAGUCCUUAUUCCUCUCUAGUUGCUUCCUCUUUCAUAGCUUUCCCAUUGUGUCAAUGUACUUGUGUUAACUCAAACAUGAGAUGACGUGCUCCUUUUCGCUUUUUUUGUUUUUGUACAUGGAACUUCUCACUUCAUUCCAUUUUUUACCUCGUUCUGUACUGCUCUCACCCUUUACCCUUUCUUCUUAUAUCUUGUUUCUAAUAUGAAGCUUCUAGGUACAUAUGACACUAUGCUGUCGACAAAUGUUUGUCCUGAAUCUCAAAAUUAUUUUUUUUCAGUUAGUGACUGUCAUUGUCUAUUGGAAUAUAAUGUGUGUAUGUGUAUGGUUACAAGUGUGUGUGUAUUUAGUAAAAAUAGCUCAUCACUCUUUGUACUCUACUCAUA